CCUACCCCUACCCUACGUUGAAAAUUUUCCUGAAUUUUCUUUGCUAUAAACCUCACGGAGCCCGAGACCUUUUCAACGAAUGCAAAACCGUGGAAAUCGGUUCGUGCGUUCUGGAGUUAUAGCGUCAGGAAGGAAAACCCGACUUUUAUUUUACUUUUUUUUAAUUUUUUUUUAUAAAAAGUAUCCUAUGUCCUUCUUCUGACUCCAAACUACCUCCCUGCCAAUUUUCAGCUAAAUCGGUUCAGUCGUUCAUGAGUUAUAAGUGGAGUAACUAACACGACUUUCUUUUAUAUAUAUAGAUAGAUAGAUAUUGGUAUUAAAGUCCGAAUUUAUUACGAGUAGGUAUAAACAUACUCAUCACAAACAUAUGGAUUGUUUGACAGUUGACUACGGAACAGCAACGCCUAUCACACAGGACACGUCCGGGCUCUUACGCGCAUAUUCCAGUCGCGUUACCACUUUGCGAACGGCGAACGAUUACAUUAUAAAUAUUAAAAGAAAUAUUGCACUAUGUUGGUGAAAGUUUCAUAUUUGAAGAAUAUAAUUUGACACAAUGCUGCUGAUAAGUAUUUUGUUUUUUGCAACGAUACUGGGUGUCGAAGGACAAUGUACACUAAGUGAAUAUGCAAAAGAAGAUAAUAUUUGUACUGCAGAUAUUACUUGCCACGGAAAAACUGAAAACUUAAUGCAAUUAGUUAAGAAUAACUGGAGUUGUAUAAAACACCGUGUUCGAUAUUACUAUGGCAAUGAACGGGAUUAUAAUUGGGACAACAACUAUAACUUAAAUGUAAACAUUGGUGAUGUUGAUAUUGGUAUUUCAGAGGAUUAUUUAUCGGGUUUAUCAGAUGCAAAAACCAAUGUGAAAUCUUUGAUUGUUGAAAGAGGCAAUUUAGUUGCAGUGGGAGUCACAUUAGCCGGUUUUCAUAAACUUACAGAGUUUUCUGUAACGUAUAAUAAACUUGAAACUAUAAAUUUUAACCAAUUAUUAGUCAAUUCUUUAAAGACUGUAAAUAUAUCUCACAAUUUGAUAACAACGAUUGAAUUUAGCUCAGUAGAAAGUACAAGUAUGAUUACAACUAUUGAUCUUAGUUACAACUCGCUAGAAUCAAUACCAAAUAAUUGCUUUGCAAUGUAUUUACGUCUUAAAUAUUUGGACCUUUCUUUUAAUAAGAUCGAAAAUUUCGAUAUACUUACCUUUGAAGGUAUAGCACAGUUGGAGAUAUUGAAACUCUCUAAUAAUAAAAUAUUAGAAAUCGGUCAAAACUUUGCAAGAUUCAUGAAGUUAAAAGAUUUGAGUUUAGAUCACAACCAACUGACAACACUUACAGAUGUAAAUCUCAGAACUCUGAUUAGCUUAGAACGACUCAACCUUAGUUCAAAUAUGAUUAAACAUAUUGAAGAUCAAUCUCUAUCUACACUAACAAAUCUUGAACAAUUAGAUUUAAGUUAUAAUAAAAUAAACGUGGUUCGUAAAACAUUAUUUAAAAAUACCAUCAAAAUAAAUGACUUGUCGCUUUCUCACAAUGAUAUAGAAAACAUAGAAGGAGGUGCUUUUAGCACAACUAAUAUAUCCAAUUUUGAUAUAAAAAAUAACUAUAUUAGUGGAUCAAUAGUCUAUGAUACGUUCCUGGGCGUUUCAGUCGAGAAUUUAGAUUUGAGUAAUGGGACUAUAAAAAACCUAGGCGAUAAGGCAUUUAGUGCUUUGAGUCAUGAUUUAAGGUAUUUAAAUUUGAGCUACAAUUUAAUAGAAAAUAUAACAGAGUCUGCCUUUUAUUCAUUAAAAAUUCUUUUAAAACUAGAUUUGUCACAAAAUAAUUUGAUCGAUAUGGAGUUUAAUACGAGCGAUCUUAUUCAGUUAAAAGAAUAUUAUCUUCAAAAUAAUUUUAUCAAAAAAGUCACUCCAAAUAUGUUCAAAAAUAUGAAAAGCUUAGUUAAAUUAGACUUAUCACAAAAUAAAAUUAGGGAUGUAGAAGUAAACUCAUUCAUUGAACUUGAAAAUUUAAAAGAUUUAAACAUAAGUAGCAAUCAUUUUGUUAAUUCUCUUACAAUGAAUUUAUUCCAAGGGUUGUCACGAGUAAUUACACUAGAUUUGUCUAAUACAAGAUCAUCAACUUCUUUGAAUGAAUCAUUUUCAGGAAUGACUUCUCUUGUUAAUUUGAAUCUAUCUCACAGUCAAUUAGAAACUAUUGAAUAUGAGACAUUUAAGAAUACUGGGUCUAUGGAAGUUAUUGAUUUGUCAUACAAUUAUCUGGAAAACUUCGCUAUUAAUACUUCAUGCAUUCCACUUUUAAAAGAAUUAUAUUUAAAUAAUAACAAGUUAACAAACAUUACGAGUGAAACAUUUGAAAAUUUUCAGUUAUUAGAAAAGCUAAAUUUAGCUUUUAAUAACAUCCUAUAUUUUCAUUCUAUGGGCAUAAAAUCGUUGUCUCAUUUACAUUAUCUGGAUUUAUUUUCUAAUGUUAACAUGCAUAUAAAAGGUGAUGCUUUCAAUAAUUUGGUUAUAUCAACAGUUUCUUUCAAAAAUGUGAGACAAAUAUUUAAUUUUGAUAAUGUCGUGAAUAGCUCAAUAACGACUUUAAUAUUAUCAAAUUGUGAAAUUAGCGAUAUUAAUUCUGUUUUUGUUUAUAAAAUUAAAGACGUUCUUAAGUUAGAUAUUAGCUCAAACAAAAUCCAAGCAUUAAACAAAGGUUCGUUCCAGAAUAUGGAUGCUCUAAACUGGCUUGAUAUAAGCUUUAAUAUGAUUUCUGCUAUUCAACCAGGAACAUUUCUUUCCAAUAAAAUGAUCAACACUUUGAAUCUUAAUGGCAACAAUUUAGAAUCUUUACAAUUUGGAGUACUCGAUGGCCUUAAGAAUCUUCGUGUUCUUAAUUUAUCAAACAAUGAAAUACAUAUAUUUGGCAUAAACCUCUUACACUCUACUCCAUUUUUGACCGAGUUAUAUGGCAUAAGUUGCAAAGGAAAAACAGGAUUUUCUCAUACGGAAAUUAUUCAUAAUGAAAACACUAAUGCCAAUAUAACUAGUGAAGUGAUAAAAAUAAAAGAAGUAUUAGGGCAAAUGUACGGCUUUUUAAAAAUAUCUAUGAAUGAAACAAUUUCAAAUAUGAUUUCUGUUAUAGGCAAAGUCUCUGAUAAUAAUAGCACAGAUAAGGCUUUGGAAAUACAGAACCGUUCGCAAAUAGUUUUUAAUGAGCAAAUAAAACAACUAUUGAAAGAUAAUAAAAAUAUAAGUGAUAGUGUAGCAAAUGAUAUUAAAUUGAUGAUAUCAUUGCUGGAAACUAAUAAUAAUUUAACUAAAUUAGCCAACGUCCAAAAGGAACCAUCAGAUACAAUACCAAUUUCUGAUAGGGCGACUUUUAAAAAUGAAAAUAAAAAUUUAACGGAUUAUGUUUCAAAAUUGAUUGUAGGAUAUAAAAAUGACCAAUUUGAUAAUCGUACAUUUGCAGAUAUGAAAAUUUUGUUAUACUUUAUAGCCGUGUGUUUAUCUAUUGUAGUUAUGUUGCAAGCAGUGGCAUUGACUCAUAAAUAUUUUUGUAGUAAAGCAACGCGUAGGAUAGGGAUAACUCACAAUUAUGAAAGUGGACAACGAAUGAGUAAUGGCUUAGAAAUGGAUUAAUUAGUUAACAACAAUUAAUCAUAUAAGGAGAAGCUUGAAUAUCACCAGCCGGCCAACACACUAACUUUUACCUAUGUUAGCUACCUAAUAUAAUUAACAUCAAAAUUAUAACAACCGCAUUUUUAGUAUUCUGUACAAUCCAUUGUUAGUUAUAUCUAUUAUAUGAUAUUCACAUAUAAUCUCAAUUUUAAGCAAUAAAUAAAUUGUGAAUACGAAAUCACGCGACUUAUGAAUUACUAACAUAAUGUAAUUGGUAAAUUUCAAAUAUGUCCACUAAUAUGGGAACUGGCCUGCUGUCUAAGAUUUGAAUUAGUAACGACCUUUUUUUUCCUUUUGGACCAAAACUGUUUUAAAUCCAAUUAAACAAGUUGUAUAUAAACUCCUGGCCAAACAAUCAUUCAAAGUAAUGGUAAAUUAUAAAUUGGCCAGGAAUUUCUUAGGUAACAUAUUCGUAUGUAUUUGUAGGCGCGGUGGAUCUACAAAACGGAGGUCCUGGGCUCAAUCCCCGGUUGAGCCGAUUGAAAUUUUCUUAAUUGGUCCAGGCCUGGCUAGUGGGAGGCUUCGGCCGUGGGUAGUUACCACCUUACCGCCAAGCGAUUUAGCGUUCUGGUACGAUUUCGUAGCCCGCUUCCAUUUUAGAUUCCAUCAUCACUUACCAUCAGGUGAGAUUGUAGUCAAGAAUAAUAAAAGAAAAACUUUUAGUUCGGUCGGAAGGUCGUUCCUAAUUCGGUUUUUUGCACCAGUACUCCAUACUCCAUACUCUGUCACAGGAACUGUUUACUUGGAAGGGGAUAUUGAUCAUGUACAAAAGACUUUGCUAAUGUAUUAAAAACAUGUACCUAGUAUCAAUAAUAAAUUGUUUUUAUUUUUUCUU